AUGAAUCCUGCCUGCCGACAUGGAAGCUGUAUCAUCAUUCUCAAGAACGAUGAAGGAAUUCUACUUUGUUGUGACUCUGUUGAGGUUGCCGGAGGUAUGAUUUUCAGAGGAGUGGACAAGUUUCGGAAGUAUGGAAACUGCUACGCAGUGUGUUGUGGGACAUUAUCACACUACGAGGCUGUGGAUCAACACCUCAUAACAGCAACCGAUGACUUGAGAACACCUCCAACUGCGCAAGCCUUGGCUACUUUGACCUAUGACUUCUGUCAACCAACAGCAGCUCGCGGUGCUCUAGAUUGCCAUUUUUUCUUUGCGUCGCUUGAUCCCAACCCUCAAUGGGUUUCUUAUGGACCUGUUAAAAGUCAACAACCUCGUCAUCUCCCUUUUGCUUUUGGAGGGCAGGUGCUCAUGUUGCUCUCCCAGUCGACACCAACUCCUGGUGGUGCGAAGGGUCUUCGUCCCAUCUAGCUGAAGAUUUUCUUAAUGGGAAAUACAAACCCAAGAUGAAG